GCAGCUAGCCUGUAGUAGUGGAGCCACUGAUAGACCAGUGAGUGGAUCAAAGCCAGCGGCUGUGUGUUCUCUCAGAGACGGUCGUCCCCACACUGUUCUCUCCUGGCUCCCAAAAGCUCCCUGCUGUCUGCUCUCGGUCUGUCACUGGACAACAGCCUUCCACUCGGAGCAUCCAUCCAGGUUCUGACAGACGACAGUCCCGUCCACGCAGGUUUCGUUAGACGGCGGUCCGGCGGCACUUCCACAUACUGAGAUGCCAAAAAAGUCGCACUUGACCGACAGAGCUCGUCGUGGCUUUUGCACUCAUUUUUGAGAAGCAUCUCUGUGGUCCUGUUCAUCACCGUUAGCCGGCUGCCGAGGUGUGAAAAGUCAGUGUCAUGACUGGAGCUGAGACCGAAGAUGAUAUUCCAUUAGGCGAAAGGAAGACUGUCACUGAUUUCUGCUAUCUCCUGGAUAAAUCCAAACAACUCUUCAAUGGGCUACGAGACCUUCCUCAGUAUGGACACAAGCAGUGGCAGUCCUACUUUGGGAGGACCUUCGAUGUCUACACGAAGCUGUGGAAAUUCCAGCAACAGCACAGGCAGGUUCUGGACAGUCGGUAUGGCUUGAAGAGAUGGCAGAUUGGUGAAGUUGCAUCCAAAAUUGGGCAGCUUUACUACCACUACUACCUUCGUACCUCAGAAACAAGUUACCUGAAUGAGGCCUUUUCGUUCUACUCAGCCAUCCGCCAGCGGUCCUACUACUUUCAGGUCAACAAAGAGGACAGGCCUGAAUUAGUAGUGAAGAAGCUUCGAUAUUAUGCUCGCUACAUAGUUGUCUGUUUACUGCUGAACAAGAUGGACCUAGUCAAAGUUUUGGUGAAGGAGUUAUCUGAGGAAAUCGAAGACUACACACAGCGAUUCAACACAGAGGAUCAAUUGGAAUGGAACCUGGUUCUACAAGAAGUGGCAGCUUUCAUUGAGGCAGAUCCAGUGGUCGUUCUGAACGACAACAAUUCUGUUGUUGUCACCAGCAAUCGGCUGCAGGAGGGAACUGUGCCUCCGCUGGAACAAGGCAUGGUGGUUGGGCAGCUCGUCCUUGCUGACGCACUAAUCAUCGGCAACUGUAACAACCAGGUGAAGUUCAGUGAAUUAACCAUAGAUAUGUUUCGCAUGCUUCAAGCUUUGGAGAGGGAACCGGUGAAUCUGGCCACACAGACCUCCAAACAGGGAACACUGGAACCGAAUGAGAAGCCAGCUAAAAGAGAGAACCCUCACAAGUAUUUGCUGUACAAACCAACGUUCAGCCAGCUUUUUACUUUCUUGUCUGCCUCUUUUAAGGAAUUGCCAGCCAAUAGUGUUUUGCUUGUGUACCUGUCAGCUACUGGAGUCUUUCCUACUGGGCAUUCAGAUUAUGAGGGACCAUAUGAUUUUGGAGGAGUUCUUACAAAUACAAAUAGAGAUGUGGUGAAUGGUGAAACGGUGCAGAAGAGGAAUCAGGCCCAGAAAGAAAUGCACUGCCUUCAUCCAGGGGAUUUAUUCCCUUUCACCCGGAAGCCACUUUUUGUCAUUGUGGAUUCUUCAAACAGCACAGCCUACAAGAAUUUCACAAAUCUGUUUGGCCAGCCUCUUGUGUGCCUACUAUCACCUACAGUAUAUCCCAAGAGUGUACAAGAUCAGUCUCAGCGUGGGAGCCUCUUCACUCUGUUCCUCUACAGCCCACUCUUGGCUUUCUCCUCUGUUUGUGGUUUAAGUAAUGUGCGACGAGGACUGUGGGAAAGGGCUCAAGAAUUUCUUUGCAAAGUCUACCGUGACAUUGGACAGAUGAUUACUCGAUCACGGACCAUAGAUCAAGCCUUUUUGCAAUUCUUUGGUGAUGAGUUCUUGCUGCUGCUGAUCCGCUUUGUGUUCUGCUCAGCAGCACUGAGACUACAUAAACUCUUUAGGGAGUCCAGGAGCUUUCCAGAGUCGUACCCUGAGCUCCCGAAACAAGACACAGUGGAGGGCGGCCUUCUACAGAAGCAUAUUUUGGAGCUGGCGACCAUGCUGGACGUGCAGAGCUUUAUUUGGGAUGAUUCACCUCGAAGCCUACUAACAGCGUCACAUGGGGCAACUAUGGCAUAUAUGUAA